CGCGGCUACCAGGAUACAGGAAGUCUCGUGCCACUCUUCGCCAGUCUGUCUGCAACUCUUCAGCGAGUGUCCCUUAAAGACCCAUAUCUGCUGCUGGAAACCCCACGAAAGACCAGACUUCUCCACCGCAGUGAGGAUGUCAUCUGGAGCUCUGUUCCCCAGCCUGGCGUCUGGCUCCCGCAGCUCGUCCAGUAAAUAUCUGGUUGAGUUCAGGGCCGGUAAAAUGACCCUGAAGAGCAGCACAGUGACCCCGGACAAGCGCAAAGGCACCGUCUACAUCCAGCAGACGGACGACUCGCUCAUCCACUUCUGCUGGAAGGACAGGACCUCUGGAAAUGUGGAGGAUGAUCUGAUAAUAUUCCCGGAUGACUGCGAGUUUAAGCGGGUGAACCAGUGCACUACAGGACGCGUGUAUGUGCUGAAAUUCAAGGCCGGCUCUAAAAGGCUGUUCUUUUGGAUGCAGGAGCCGAAAACAGAUAAAGAUGAGGAGUACUGUCGCAAAGUCAACGAAUACCUGAACAACCCCCCCAUUCCAGGGGCUCUGGGCAGUGGAGGAGGUGGUAGCCAUGAACUCUCUGCUCUUGGUGAGGCCGGUCUGUUGGGCAGUGGAGGUCCUGCUACCAGCAGCUCCACCUCGAGCUCCCGCAGCCAAUCAGCAGCAGCCACUCCUUCCUCUGGAUCGGCCGCCCGCCUCAGCUCCACCCAGGCACCCACCACACCUGUAACCCCUGCUGCUACCUCCACCAGCUCGCCCACGGUGACCCCCACCACCCCUGCUGCCCAGACUCCCUCCAUGCCUGCGGGACCCCCCUCCAGCACGCAGCCCAUCCAGCUGAGUGACCUCCAGAGCAUCCUGGCCACCAUGAACGUGCCUGCCAUGGCUGCAGAGGGGCCGGGAGUGGACUUGGCGAGUGUGUUGACCCCUGAUGUCAUGGCUCCUAUUCUGGCUAACUCUGAAGUGCAGCAGAGACUGCUGCCAUACCUGCCGUCAGGAGAAUCGCUCCCGCAGAGCGCAGAAGAGAUCCAGAACACACUGACCUCUCCACAGUUUCAGCAGGCCAUGAGUAUGUUCAGCAGUGCUCUGGCCUCUGGUCAGCUCGGCCCUCUCAUGAACCAGUUUGGUCUGCCCUCUGAAGCAGUGGACGCCGCUAAUAAAGGAGAUGUGGAGGCGUUUGCCAAGGCCAUGGAGGGCAGUGAUAGCAAGACAGAUGACGGCGAUUCCAAAGACAAGAAAGAUGAUGACGAAGACAUGAGCUUGGAUUAGAACAACCUUCUGAACACAGUCGUCUCUCUGAGGUGUGUCUCAUGCUAGUCUGGGUUGUUUGCCUGUACUCCUUCACGGAUUCUCGUACGUGUUUUGUAUGUCCAAAGCUACACUAUUAAACAAAUAGUGAGUAAAAUGUGACAUGAAACAUGAAAGAAAUGUUUAUUGCCAAUAAAAAUACAACUGAGGAAAUCUGACAAAAUAUCAAAAGUGACAAAAAUAAUUUUUCUCGAGUUUUCAACUCCAGUGAUUUCAGAUGAUA